GCCUGUUAGGCUGGUUUUAGUUCGGUUGUGCCUGGUGCAGCGGUACAGCCAAAUUGGCCGAGGAACCGCUUCUGUAGGAGGAGAGGCGAGGUUCAGUCUUGACAAAAUACUCCAUUAACAAUGGCUUCCAAAAGAGCGCUGGUCAUCCUGGCUAAAGGAGCCGAGGAGAUGGAGACGGUCAUCCCUGUGGACGUCAUGAGGCGAGCUGGAAUUAAGGUCACCGUUGCGGGUUUGGCUGGAAAAGAGCCCGUACAGUGCAGCCGAGACGUUGUCAUUUGCCCUGACGCCAGUCUGGAAGACGCAAGAAAAGAGGGGCCCUAUGACGUGGUGGUUCUGCCGGGAGGUAAUGUGGGAGCACAGAAUCUGUGUGAGUCUGCUGCCGUGAAGGAGAUACUGAAGGAGCAGGAGAGCAGGAAGGGCCUCAUAGCCGCCAUCUGUGCAGGUCCAACGGCUUUGUUGGCUCAUGAAAUAGGUUUUGGAAGCAAAGUCACAACACACCCACUUGCUAAAGACAAAAUGAUGACCGGAAGUCAUUACAGCUACUCGGAGAGUCGCGUGGAGAAGGACGGCCUGAUCCUCACGAGCCGGGGGCCGGGGACCAGCUUCGAGUUCGCUCUUGCUAUUGUCGAGGCGCUGAGCGGCCAGGAGGUGGCUCAGCAGGUGAAGGCUCCGCUCGUGCUGAAGGAUUAGAGCAGAAGCGUCGGGUCACGGGUUAGAAACAGGCCGCGCAUCCUCCACGUGCGUGUUAGACCCGGGCGGGCGGUGUCUGGGCAGGGAAGCCGCGGCGCUGCUCUCGUGAAGUGUGGUCGCAAAGGGACCCUCCAUGGGUUCCUCGCCCACAGCUGUGUCCCCACAUUUCUGAACCUUGAUUGCAGAAUAAACAGGACGUUUAGCAAACUGCCA